AGGGGUAAAAGUUUUCCGUCUCACGACGGAAUUCCGUAUUUUCGGCGAUCUCCGAGGUCGUUUUUCUGAAUGACGUAAAUCCGAUGAGAAAUCGGGUAGGGUGUGUGUGCAUGCCUCAUUAAUUAGCGAGUGCACAUUGCUUGAUACAUUAUUUUGAAUAGAUUUGUCCAUCUCAGACCCGUUUGCACAAAUUUUCUACAAGUGGGAAAUACUAUUACAAUACGGAGAUUGCCGAUGAAAAAUUGAGCUAGUUUAUACAAGAUCAGAUUUGAUUGGUCGUCGUUAUUUUCACCAGCCAAUGAAAUCGUUUGUUGCAUAGUCAUUUGAUUUCAAAAUACAUGUACAAAAAUUGUCAGUGUUUUACAAAAACAACAACAAUGAAGUGUUUACCGCCUGGUUUUAAUACUAACGAUCUGGAAAAAGGUGCAAAAAACAAAUGGAGGUGGGAGUGGUUAGCGGAAAAGGACUCUAAAGGUGAAAAAUGGGAUGCUUGGUUGAAGAAACCAAAUGCAAUGGGCAUUGCCUUUUGUGAAGCCUGUUCCAAAACGAUCAACUACAAAUCGAACGGAAAAAAGGUGCUUCGUAAUCACGCUGAAGAUGAGGACCACAAAAAGAAUCUUAGGACAGUAAAAACAAACCAAGUACUGCCAGGCUCAUCAAAAGCUGUGGACAAAAAGAUUGAAAGCAUGCAAGACCGUAUUGCCAAACAAAGAGCAAUCACAACUGCCUUUCUGAGUGAACAUUGUCUGCCAUUUUCCAUAGUGGGCGAUCUCUUAGAUCUUGCCAAACGUUAAGCUGAAGACAAGCCUGCUCUUGAAAAAACUACUCUUUCUCCAACCAGUGCAAUGUACAUAACAACACAUGGUGUAGCCAAAUCUUUUAAGGAUGAAGUGAGGUCAAAAGUGAAAGAUAAGUUUAUAUCUUUGAAUAUGGAUGAGGCAACUAACAAAAACAAUGACAAAGUACUGAAUAUAAUCAUUCAGUACUUUGAUGAUGAAACAAAUCAAGUAGUAUUGGAUCAUUUAGGAUCGAGAAUUCAGAAUGUUUCCACAUCUGAAGAAAUUGUCAAGUCAGUUGAGAGUGUGCUGCAGGAGUAUGAUAUUAAAUGGUCACAGAUCAUAAGUAUUUAAAUGGAUAACUGCAGCACAAUGAGGGGUGUGAAAGGAGGUGUUGAAGCACUGAUCAGAAAGAAAAAAUAGCUGUCUGUUGGACAUCAGUAGGGGACACAGUACACAUGAUAAGUAAUGUGGCAAAAUCUCUCAUGAAAAAUCUAAGAUAUGAAAUAGAAAAUAGUAAAAAGAAUGAACAUAAUCCAUUUAUGUGGAUUGUAUAUGUAUUGCUCAGUGAAUUUGUGUAAAUUUUAACAUAUCAUUUUAAUUACAUCUGAAGAUAAAUAAAGCACUUGAGUAUGUA